AGAUUGCAGAGAAAGUGUGUGAUUUCCAUGCGUCGGUCGUGAGACGUUGUUUGCGACGGCGUCUGUGUUAGUGUUUGCCCAUCAUGACGACAAAGUUGGAUGUCAUCAGAACUCCCAAGGUGGAAAAUGUCCGGAUGCUGGAGAAGUUCGCGAAGGCGUCGUCCACUGGCACGUUAUACUUGACGGCGACCCAUCUCAUCUUCGUCGACCCGGAUAAUAAGAAAGAAACUUGGAUUUUGCAUCCUCACGUUUCUUCGAUCGAGAAACUACCGCUGACGACGUAUGGUUCACCUGUGCACAUACGGUGCAAGUCCUUUUUGUCCGUGCGAUUUGUGAUACCCAGGGAACGGGAUUGUGUGGACGUGUUCAAUGCGGUCUUGCGUCUAUCACAGCCUGCGGACAUCCGCGAUCUAUACUGUUUCCACUAUUCUAGUCCGUCCAAAGAGCUUUCGCAAGGCGUCGGCUGGAACUUCUUCGAUUUGCAGGCGGAGUUUCAGCGCCUCGGGGUCCCAAAUGAUUCCUGGUGCUUGACGACCAUCAACAAAGACUACGAGCUUUGUGAUACGUACCCGAGGGUGCUCUGCGUUCCCACGUCUGCCUCGACGCCGGUUCUUGUUGGAAGCUCCAAAUUUCGGAGUCGUGGCCGUUUGCCUGUUCUUUCGUAUUUACACAAAAACAAGGCUGCUUUAUGCAGAUGUAGUCAGCCGCUUGCCGGAUUCAGCGCACGUUGUGUGGAAGACGAAACGAUGCUAUGUAAUGUUUUAAAAGCGAAUCCAAAUGCGGGAUUCAUGUAUGUCGUGGACACUCGCCCGAAGAUAAACGCCAUGGCGAAUCGAGCUGCCGGGAAAGGUUACGAGAACAAGAAUUUUUAUGAGAACAUCCAAUUUCUGUUUUUGCCAAUCGAGAACAUACACGUUGUUCGGAAUAGUUUAUCCAAGCUGAAUGAUGCAUGUGAGCUGAAGAACCCGAGUAUGAGCAGCUUUCUAUCCGGCCUGGAGAGCAGUGCGUGGCUGAAACACAUAAAAGCUAUUCUGGAAACUUCUCAUUUUGUCGCGCAAGCACUGGCUUCGGAGGGUGUGUCCGUGCUCGUGCACUGUUCAGACGGAUGGGAUCGAACGGCCCAAGUGUGCUCUGUUGCCCAGCUGCUAAUUGACCCCCAUUACCGCACCAUCCAAGGAUUCCAGGCGCUCAUUGAAAAGGAGUGGCUGGCAUUUGGUCACAAAUUCAUGGAUCGAUGUGGAUUGUUCGGAGCUGGUGCAAAUACGUCUCCCGGCCAGGAGACAGCAAAUGAGGGACGAGAGAUUAGUCCAAUUUUUACGCAGUUCCUGGAGUGCGUGUGGCAGUUGAUGAUGCAGUUCCCGACGUCUUUCCAGUUCAACGAGAGAUUCCUGCUGUGUCUGCACGACCACGCCCACGCCCCGCAGUUCGGAACGUUCGUCGGAAAUUGCGAGAAGGAUCGCGUGGAUCUGAGACUUUCCGAAAAAACGUAUUCAUUGUGGGGUUACGUUGCUACCCACAUGGACGACUUCAUAAAUCCGAUUUAUGCGGUGGAAGAUUCAAAGCUGCACGUUCUUCAACCAACAUUGAGUCCACAGGGUUUGAUGUUUUGGAGAGGAAUGUAUAUGAGAUUCGAGAACGGUAUACAUCCGAGGGAUAAUUGGCAAGACAUCGCAGCCUCAGUACACCAACAUUGUGUUUCGUUGGAGGAUCACAUCAAGCUUCUUCAGAAGAGGAUAGCUGCGUUGAAGAGCAAGCCUGCGACUCCCAUGGCGAAUGGAAUCGAGAAAGAUAGGAAAUGGCGACUCUCGAUGGAAGAAAUGCGGGAAGAGUUGGAGAGUGUUGCGUUGGACUGGAAGUCGUUUCGAAACCUACCUGAAUGCCCUUGUUCUACACCGUUUGACCAGAAUUCGAUGCGUUACCACUGCUGGAGUUGCGGAGAAGUCUUCUGCACGAGAUGCAUCAACAAGCACGUGGCAUUGCCAGGACUCAGCAGUCAGCGAGCAGUUCCCGUGUGCCGCCCAUGUUAUCGGAAACUGCGACCGUCUGCCACGUCAGCGGAGACUCCAUGAAUUGUGAUGAAAUUAGCGGUAUUCGUUUGGCCGUGUCUUUUGUGCUUGCCACUGUGUUUUUUGUUUGUGACUUCUUGCCUUUUUAUGCAUCACGAAGACUUGAUUUUUACAUGUCAGCUCACCACAGGUUCGCGUCGAUCCAAGAACACUCCAAUCGUUUGCCGCGUUGGAUUUCCGAAAAUUUAAUGAUCAGUAUCGCAAAGCACUGUAUACGUUUUUAAUGCAGCUGAACCUCGAUGACUCACGUCUGCGAACUUAUUUAAAGUUCUCUAUUUCGAUUUGUUCUUUCAAGUCCCUGUCGGUAUUCCCUUAGAAACAAUGCAUUUACAAACCUCCCUAACUCAAAGGAUUUCCACCUCAAAUCUCCAUAACUCAGAUUCCCUGUAUGGCUAUUUGCGAAUAUAAUAUUUUAUUGACGCAGACAAAGAGAAAAGGAUGAAAAAUGAAACUUGAUGUGUUUUUAAAGGAGGUGAAAGACUAAUUGAGCAAACGAACCCUUGCAACCACAUUUCAACUCAUUUAAGAAGCAAUUUGAGGCCCAGAACAUCACCAAAUGAAAUUACUCUACCUGUGCUUCUUCCUUUGUUCCCCCAACAAAAUUUCUUGUUUCCCAAACUCGAAACCUUCCUAACUCGAAUUGUUUCGCUGGUCCCUUGAAGUUCAACUUAAAAAGGUUCUACUAUCUUCUGUUCAUUUUUUUUUGUGACAGUGGAUUCAAGUUUCAGUAUUGGAAUAUAUUGAGAAACUUUGUGAAUGCUUCUGCAGAAUCCAAUAAAAGCUUAUUGGCGGUGAAAAUGAGAAUAUCUCGAGGAACGAGGGAAAGCGUCCGGAGAAUCGCGCUUUUGUUUGAAGUGUUGUCACGAACGGGGUCGAUGAUCUCUUGGAAGCACACGAAGAGUUUGUUUUGCUUGCCGGACGGUUUUUGCUGAAAUCGUUGAACCAUCGGCGUUCAGCCGUUAUUUUAUUUUUUCUCGGAGAUUAUGCCAAUCACGGGGCCCGCACGCCUUUUUGUCGGUGAUUGCAAGUCGUGAUGAUUUUGUGUACACAGCUUCGUGAUGCGGAUGCAUUUUCGUUGCGGUCUCCGUGCUGUGCGCAGGAAUACAUGUUCCGAUCUAUUCCUAACGAA